AUGAAGGAUUCCAUUGCCGCAUCUGAUUUCGAUACCAUAUCACGAAGCUACCUGAAUGUCGCCUACAGCAGUCUGGAUUCUAACUCGAGUCAGAGUAUUUAUAUCGCCCUUUGCCCUCCUUUCUACUUCCUUCUUCACAACCACCUGCAACUUUCAAGCAUACCUCCAAGCAAUAUCAGCUACUUACAGGCACUUCUUUCUCCUUAUCAAGUUACACUACCCUGUUCUACCAAGAACCUACUCACAAAAUACUUUGCAACUACCAAAAUGGUCCGUCUUCUUGCCCUUGCUGUUCUGGCCGCUGCCACCGUCGAGGUAGCCUCUGCUGUGGCCCUAUCCACUCCACAAAGCCCCGCCGAAAUUACCAUUUGGCGCCGUGAUGAUCUCGCUGUCACUACUGCAGCAGCAACUGCAACUGAGACACCUACUGAGGACACAGAUGGAGAGAACAUCCCUAAUGAUGACGCAACUACCGGUGACGAUGAUGAGGUCUCUACCGACGGUUUGAAAUGGCGCCGUAAGGGCAAAUGCCGCUCUGACCUGGACUGCGAUCUUGGUUAUUUGUGCGGUUCCGGCCGUUGCAUUCUUGGCUGCCUGGCUGAUAAAGACUGCCGCCGGGGUCAGACAUGCCUGGGUGGACAGUGCCGUACUGCAGGCGGAGCCAACCCUCCGUCAUGCAAGCCUUACAAGCAGCUAUGUGGCGCCAAUGAAGAGUGUUGCUCGGGUGUCUGCCGCCUAGGAUGGCGUCUGACGAGGGAGUGCAAGCAUAGCAAGCACUGA